AAAUAGGAAGUCGUGCUGCUUGACUAGUCCAACCUUGGGUUUUCUCAAGAACUUAAUCAUACAUUACAAACACAGACAAAACAUUUUCAUAAUUGAAGAAUCAAAAAAAAAAAAAAAAAACUCAAAAUGUCAGAUUACAAAUCAAACUCUCGCAAUGAGAGAAAUAUGCAAAUAGAGCCUUACUAUGGGACUGCUACAAGGUCAAAUAGUUCUUCCACCUCAUACUCAUACGCAGCAGCACCACCACCACCAUCUCCGCCGGUGGUGCCGCCGCCGCAGAAACUGAAGAAAGGGAAGAGCACCGGUGGGUCGACUUCAAAAUCAUGGAGUUUAAAUGAUCCAGAGGUGCAGAGGAAGAAGAGGGUUGCUAGCUAUAAAGUCUACUCUGUUGAAGGAAAAGUCAAAGGUUCUUUUAGGAAGAGUUUUAGAUGGCUUAAAGACAGGUACACACAGGUUGUUUAUGGAUGGUGGGACUAACUUCAGGGUGGUUAUGUUUCUUGAUUUUUCGUCGGAAAAAUUUAAUUUCGAUAUUUUUUUUUUUGAGGUUUACGGUUACGUUGGAUUUAAAUCUGCAUCAUUUAUUUUAUUUUUUUGGAUUAAUUUUGCGAUAUACGCAGUGCAAAAUUAACAAAAGAUUGCAAAACUACGUGUCGAAGAUCAGAAUUCGUCACGUGUUUUCUCGUUGCUGUUUGAAUAAUAAUACUCUGGUUUUAUGCAUUGCUUAUGAUGCAUGUGUUUGUAACUUGUAACUUUUGAUGGUAAUGGUAGAUGGGUGUUUUUUUU